CAGAAGCAAGCAAAGGAAUCACACCGCCAACGGAAAGAACCCACAUUGCAGCGCACACCGCUGAAGCGGUACUAGCACUACGCCAGGAUGUCAUGUCUCCUUAUCAGUGAUCUCCAUGCUAGGAUGGCUAUGCACUUGGAAAGCCCCCUUGGAACGUUCAAAACAGGAUAGCUAUCUUCUCAUGAUGAGCUAACGUCCUUCCGGUCCCACACCCAAAUUGCUGACGCUGCACAGAUCACAUCAAGGUCAAAGAAGUAAGCAGAAACCACCACCCACAACAUUUUCCUGACUACUACGCAGUCUGAACAAUUCUGGAACCAGUCUCUUACAAGCCUACACAGGAAACCAGCAAACACCAAAAGACUGAAAACAGAAAACCUGGACUUAAUUUUCUUGGUUUUGUUUUAUGGUUUAAAGACACUGUCUGCCAAAAGAAAAAGAACUUUGAAUGGAUAUCUCUGUAUGAAGGCAUCAAGAGGAAAAAAAACAUGAGGAGACUGCUUCUGGCACUCUUAUAUGCUUUCAUCCUUGUCCAAUCACUUCAUGCCAGACGUAAUAAAACCAAGGCAUCAAAGGAUGAACUGAGACCAAAAACAUUUAUUGGAGAAAGAGCUGCCAUUACAACACAUUCCAGCUUCACCGCCGUUCUAGUGAAACUUAACAUCUCCCACCAUCACUUGCUGAACUACACAACCGGGUUCCUGAGCACCAGGGUCAUUCCAGCAGCGUACGUGGUUGCUAUUCUUAUUGGCAUCCCCUCAAACGCCCUAGUACUGGCUUGCCUCAGCAGGAAGACCAGAAGCUUAUCUAGUGCCAUUCUCUACUUGAGCCUGGCCACUUCAGACAUUCUCCUCCUGCUUUCGCUCACUCUCAGGGUCCACUACCACAUAAACGGCAACAACUGGGUGUUCGGGGAGAUCGCUUGCAAAGUUGUGACGGCCUGCUUUUAUGGCAACAUUUACUGUUCCAUUCAUGCGCACAUGUACAUUAGCGUGGUGCGGUAUUUGGCUGUGGUCCAUCCAUUCCUUUACCGAGGGCUCUCUAAGCAAUCAUUCAUGACCUGCGCUAGCCUGACCCUUUGGGGGGCUUUUGCCUUGGCCAUGGCUCCGGAAUUACUCACUGAUCAAAGCUACUAUGUCAACCAUGUGGGCAUCACAUGCCAUGAUGUCCUGCCUUAUAAAGAGGAAUCAUACAAGUACCUGAUUCCAUAUAGACUGUGUCUCAUUUUUUUUGGUUUCAUGGUGCCUUUUGCGAUCAUUACAUUUUCCUAUGGAUCAAUUGUAUACCACCUAGGCAGGUCUAGCUGCGAUUGGACACACUAUGUCAAAGCAAGCACACUCGUGUUUGGGAUUUUUUUACUGUGUUUCACUCCAAGUAACACAAUCCACUUGAUGCACUACGUCAGACUGUACACAAGCCAGCCAGAUGACUUCUAUAUUUACUUCAGUGUGGCUGUGUGUCUUUGCUGUUUUCACAGCUGUCUGGACCCCUUCCUCACUUACUUUAUAACAAAGACUAAAGCUUCCACAGUGGAUUUCAUCUCCCUUACAAGCAUGUCCCCUAGGAGUUCAACCAAUGCCUAAACUGAGGAAGCUGUGGGAAGUUUGUUUUUCUUUUGUGUCACCCAAAAUCAGUGGAGGGGAACUCACUUGUCCAAAAUAAAUAAACAAUAGCUAAUGCAUUAUUGGACAAAUGUUAGACUGCAAGAUGUUAACUGGAAAAAGUGGAUGAUUCUUAAAUGUAGCUACUGGUUUCUUUGGCAUUUUAGAAUCAUUCAAAGCUCUGAUAAUUAAUAAUAUAGCAACUGUAACAACUGGCUGGUAACAACUGAGACAUCUGAGCAACAGUAGAAAAGACCACACCCAGUAAAUUGCAGUGACACAUAAAUUGACUAGACUUGACUAGACAGAGCACUGCUCCAAGACUUCAUGAUCUGACCUUACACAAUAAUUUUUUUCUGUAAAUAAAACCACUGAAACUAAAUCAGCCUUGAAGUCCAAUUUGCAGGUAUGAACCAUGUUUAAACUUGCCUCGACUUCAUCCCAGAUUCUUGAGCUGCUUAAGAACAUUCCAGUCGGACUAGAUACAUUUUGACUGUAAAUUUACAUCAUCCUGGUACACUGACAAGACAUAGAUUUUUAUUUUUACUAAAUUUUGUACAGAUAUCUCUGGAAAAAUUAAGCGACCAUUGUAAAAUUAUAAUUUUCUCUGGUUUUGCUAUUUAUAGUUGUGUUUGAGUAAGAUAAACAAUUUUGUUUUCUUCUAUAAACUACUUACAUUUCUCCCAAAUUACAAAUAAAAAUAUUGUAAAUUCAGAGUAUUUGUCAAAUAGUCAAUAUAACAAAAGAUGCAUUGUUCUGAAACCUCAAUUAAUGAAAAGAUAAAUGUUAAUUUUUAAAAAUUACAAUACUUGAAUUCAGACAUCAAUCAAUCAUUCACACUGCCCAUUAAAUAUGAUUUGGUUCAGCUGAUCACCUAAUCAGUACCUCAUUAAAGUAGAAUGUGCUGAAAUUCAUCCGACAUUGGAAAGGCAUAGCCCCCAUACACAUAGAGAUGCUGAUAUAAGCAAAAUUUGGAGUGGUCUCAAUAUUUUCCAGUGCUGCAUCUGUUUUACAUUUACAUCAUUUAGCAGACACUCUUAUCCAGAGCGACUUACAAAAGUGCUUUUCAGACAAAAUCUAUUGUCUUGGAGAAUUAAAG